UCUUGCCUCAUCUCAUCAACUACACACGAUUUCUACCAUCACCAACCUUUUACUUAUCAGCCAAUUUCCAACCAACAUUCUCAGCAAAAAUGCAUUUCAAUCUAGCCAUUGGCACAAUCCUCUCAGCAGCCUUGUUCUGCACUACUCACGCAACAUUGUUUGAAACAAAUGAAGACAUCGAUUCUCUCAAGAGCAAAAGCCAACUUGUGGCUCGCUCCGCUGCGGCACAUGUUGUUUGUGAAGCAGGGCUGAGCGAUACGAAUAUUUGCGAGAACACCUACUGUGCUUGUUCUGGAGACACCAUUUUCUGUGUCCCAGGCGUUACAUGUUUGAGCACCUGUGUGUGUGCUGUUUGAUCCCGGAACGGAAUGGCUGUUAGAUAUCUCAGUCUUGAUAAGGUUUUUUCCAUUUGACUGGUUUCCCUUAUCUUUGAAUGAAUGAUAAGAUUAGAUAUCUAGAAAUAGCAAGAGUUAUAAUAAAAGGUUGAUCCAAGAUUUCUUUUCUUGUGCAAUGCAGCAA